AUGCUGAUUAUGAAUGCUUCUGUCGAUAUCAGCUACGGUUUGUGCAAUUUAAUUGCGAUGCCGGUAAGUAUGACUGUGGUCGCACAUUUUGAUUUUAAAAAGAAGAAUACAGACGUAUGUAGCAAGAAAAAACAGGUUUGCUAAAAGAAAGCAUAGAUACGGCUAGACUAACGUUAGGGCAGGAAAAAGGUAAGAAGGUAAGAAUGUUGUAAGGCUACUAAGGCUAUAUAUGAUAAGAUAAGAUGAGGUCAAAGUUAAACCGGAAGGGUAGCCCACUAGAUCCGGCCUCCGCUCCGGGUCAAGUAAGGUCAAAGGAAAUUUAAAAGAAGCUAAGCUGACAAUUGUGAGUUGAAAAGUUGGGUCCGGCAAGGCCCCUAAACCGGUAUAGGAUAGGUAAAGUAAAGUCAGAGACAAAAUAACCGAGUUCAUAACAAACGUAAAGGCUAAGUUAAAGCCAGAGAAUGGAUAAGUCAAGGUUAUGGUAAGUAAAGCCAUCAUGAAGUCAAGUUAAACGUGUAAUAUGACUAGAGUGAAGCCAGAGAGUAAUGCUAAGCUUAGUAAAAUUGCGAUACACUACGGUAAUGCUAUAAUAAGGUUAUGUAAAGCCGCGAUAUAGCAAUAAUAAAUUCAUGAUAAGGUUAGUGUAAAACUAUAAUAGUGCUGAGUAAGCUAGGAUUGAAUUAGGACAAAGCCAUGAUACGGCUAGGCUAAGGCUAAGCUACUCACUUUUAUAAUUUACAACAAUUAUAGCAAACAUUUCAGAUUUUCUUCAUAUACGAUGGUAUAUUUAUAUUAUCAACCGGAAAUCCAUUGUUAAAAGACGUACAAUGGUCGGCCUAUCUAGUCGUAUGUUUCCAAGGUUGCUUGACUUAUAUGUCAGUGAUCAUCCUACCAAUCCAAUUCAUCUAUCGCUACAGUGUCAUUCGUAACAAACCUUGCACAAAUGUUGAACUAUUCCGCAUGUUCUUGAUUGGUAGUAUCUACCCAAUGUGUCAUGGUUUCUUUACUUUUUACACUUUUGUCCCGCCAACGCCAAUGUACGACGAAAUAUUCUUACACGACCCAUUGAUCUCAGCGUUGGGUUAUAUACCACCGUACCGAGUGGGUGAUUGUGUAAACUCGAAAUUGAUGGCGUUUCAUAUUUCCAAUUGUAUGUCUAUCACUAUUGGUAGCUAUAUUAUCAUCCUUGUGGUUUAUUCCAGGACCAAAGUUGAGUUUGCUCGAAUGGAAAGUCAAAUGAGUGAACAGACGAAGCGAGUUCAAAAACAAAUGGAAAGAGUCAUUUUUGUACAGGUGGGAUAUUUUUACUUAGAACACAGCUAAAUCAGGUUCAUUUGAUAUACAGUAUUGUAAGAAAAAUGUGUUUUUAUAAUUUUUUUAAAGAUAGUCUCUCCUGUAUGACCAAUAGCUUGGGUUAAAACCACAGUUAUGGCCAGGAAAAAAGCUAGGUCUAAGGCUAAGGAUAAGGCUUGGAACAGAGAUAAAGUCAGGUCCAAAGCUAGGGUUAAAACCAGGGCAAAAGCCAGGGCUAAACCCAGGGCUAAACCCAAAGCUAAACCCAGGGCUAAAACUAGAGCUAAAACCAGGGCUAAAGCCAGGGCUAAACCCAGAGCUAAAGCUAGGGCUAAAGCCAGGGCCAAUUCCAAUGUUAGGUCUAGGGCCAGCAUUGGUCUAGGGCGAGGUAAUAAGAAAAAAAGGCAGAUAAAAAACAUGAACACAGAGCAAGGCACAGAACUGAAUUGCUCUUUGCUUUACAGAGCACAGAUAUAGUCCCCGUCAAUUAAAAAGACAGCUUUCGUUCUCUGAGAUGGUAACACCUAAACAAAAAAUUUUUUCUGUUAUCGAUAGACCGAUGAUUUUCAUGCAAAUUUUUAAAAAAAUCAAGAAUUUUGCUUUUAUCGAGACAGUGUUAGAGUGAGACUAACAAGGGAGCUCUCCCAACCCAUUCCGGUGAUAUAAAUCGAGACUAUGCUUAUUUGAAAGCUUGUUAAGUAAAAUUAUAAAAUCUGCAGUAACUUCUGAAUAACAAACUCUUCCAUAUCAAAAGUUCCAUAGAACGAGCUCCUUUUAAGUUACUUUCUGUUACUACACAAAUUUAUAUUAAUUUAAAAAUAAAAGGUUUACACUACUUUCAGGCAGUGUUCCCCAUCCUAGUUCUAUUCAUUCCCGGCACUUACAUACCAAUUGCUGCUUUAUUAAGACUAAACUAUCGUUUCACCGGCGAAUUUAUUGCCAUCAUGCAUACAACACCGGUAUUCAACUCGUUUUCUGUUAUAUUAUGUGUACCUAGCUAUCGUCGUUACUUGAAAAACAUGUUUUGUACCAGAAAGAACACGGUGGGUUCGUCUGACAGAAUGAAGACUACAACUACACACAGCUCUGACAUGUUUGAAUUUGCUUAA